CCCAAAGAAACAAGGAUCGGGAGGCUGAAGGAACUCGGAAACGCAGACAGAAUAUAAGAUUUAGCGGAAAGUAAAGGCAAGAAGAAGCAAAGGAAAUAUCGGUGACAGCAAUUGUAUGACAGAGGGGGAAGAAAAAGAUCUGAUCACUUUAGAGGAAAUUUGGAGUAUGCAAACUAAGCAUCUCUGUUAAAAUAAACAGGAGCAUCUUCAAGGAGUUAGAUAAAUAUUUCUCCCACUCUUCAGCAACAGCAACCGAAGCGGGGGAGUGAAGUUCUGGCCAGUAGAAAGUGACGUUAUCACUGUUUUGUUUGUAACAGAGGUAGCGUUGUUUCAGUGCCUGAAAAGAUGCCGUUUUUGGGUCAGGACUGGAGAUCUCCCGGCCAGAGUUGGAUCAAAACUGACAACGGCUGGAAAAGAUCCAACGAUGAAACAAACAAUAAUGUCACGCCGCUGAACAGUUUCUGUGAUGAAGAGGAUUUUAACAAGGAGAACCUUUUGAAGAGUGUUGGUUGUGAUAUGAUGACAAAAAAGAGAAAGAAGGACCUGCUGAACAACAACACAAAAAUCCAAUAUUUCCACCAAGAGACUUGGAUUUCUGUUCACAAAGGAAGUACAAAGGAGCGUCAUGGAUAUUGUACUUUGGGUGAAGCUUUCAACCGUUUAGAUUUUUCCAGUGCAAUAUUAGAUACCAGAAGAUUUCACUAUGUUGUGAGGUUGCUGGAGCUCAUUGCAAAAUCCCAGCUCACGUCCCUCAGUGGGAUUGCCCAGAAAAACUACAUGAACAUUCUGGAGAAAGUUGUACAGAAAGUGCUUGAAGACCAGCAGGAUAUCCGACUAAUUAAAGAGCUGCUGAAUAGUCUGUACACAACUCUUUGCGCGCUGGUGAAUGGUGUGGGCAAGUGUGUGUUGGUGGGAAACAUAAACACCUGGGUCUACAGAAUGGAGGUCAUUAUGCACUGGCAGCAGCAACUGAACAAUAUUCGUAUCAUCAGGCCUUUGAAUACAGGACUGACCCUCACAGACCUACCAAUGUGUCUGCAGUUGAACAUCAUGGAAAGGUUGGCUGAUGGGAGAGACAUUGUCAGUCUGGGACAGGUGUCUCCAAACCUGCAAGUGCUGAGUGAAGAUCGCCUUCUCUGGAAGAGACUAUGCCGCUAUCACUUCACAGAACGUCAGAUUCGCAAACGACUCAUUUUAUCUGAAAAAGGCCACUUGGAUUGGAAGAAGAUGUAUUUUAAGCUCAGCAGAUGCUACCCAAGGAAGGAACAGUAUGGGGACACACUACAGUUCUGUCGACAUUGUCACAUCCUCUUUUGGAAGGAUACAAAUCACCCUUGCACAUCCAAUGACUCAGAAGGUUCUUACACUGCUGUCUCACCUCUUGACUUCAUCAGUCUCUUCAAGUUCUGAACAUGGAGAUUCCAGAGGACUCCCACUGUGAAAACAAAUUUCCAUUGGGAUUUGAGAGCUAUUGACUUUGUGUACUUUGCUUUUAAAUGUGUAAAUAAUGUACAAUAAUAUUUAUACCUCCUUUUGUACAGUGAAGCUGACAGAGGUGGAUUAAGUCUUUUUUUUUAAAUAUAAAAUUAUCUGUAGUUUGUAAAUAUCCUAUAGGAUAUCCUGAGCAGAAAGUUACUGAAACAAUGCUUUUUGCCUGAAUUCAGAUCAUGCUGUCAAAUAGGUUAUAGAGCAUCAUGGGAAUGCAACAAGCAUUCGGAUAUAUUUUCUUCUAAAAUGGGAUUGAUAGGUUUAAUGGGAGUAAUGCACAGAAAGCCCAGUCAGGUCAGUGCUACCCAUUUGAGGUGUGGAACCAUUUUACACUCAAACUGGCUUAUGCUUAUCUCACUGCUUGGGAUACUAUUUCCUCCGAAUUGCAAGUUGAUUGUAUUCCGCUUUCCCAUAAUUAGUAUGGAGAAUCACUGGGUAAUAUGAAUACAACUGAAAGCAAUUCUGUUUGAUUAUUGGUAUUGGCAGUGAGGGGGGGCAACUGCUUGACAACAACUUGAGUCGUGCUCCGUUCUGCUGUAAGAACUUUUAAAUUGUGGUUAGCAUCGCAGUUAUCCUUUCAAUUUUGUUUUUGUACAUUUUUUAAUAAUAUCUGAUAGUUACGUUAGAUUGUAAAGUGGGUGCUGGAUUGAUAAUUUCCUUCCCAUGCUGUACACUGUUAAAGACGUUGGCAGUCUAGAGUGAGGGAAUUGUACAUAGUGCAAUAAUGGAGAAGUAACAAGGAGUGAGUAAGAGAGCGAUUUUAAUUAUGAUUUCAGACGGGAGGUCCAAUGCAUUUUCCUGACAAUCUUUAUUUAAUAUAUGCAGCAAGCAGUUGGUAUUGAAUCACAGUUGGUUGCCAGCUGACCUGAUCAAGGAGGGGGAGCAGGUAUAGAAAUCUGGUGGCAAUAUUUCUCUCCAGGAAGGAUCAGUAAUAGAGGAUGAGAUUGGGUGAACCUUAAGCACAAUUUAUUGCUGAAAAAGAAACAUACUGUGUAAGAUUUUCAUCUUACACUUAACCGGACAGGCACAAAAUUACGAAAUUUCUAAGGGAACAACAAUAUAUGCUGCAUAAGAAUAUCAGUGCCCUCUUUUCAUCCAGUUUAAAUUCUUGCUCCCUUUGAAAUUGGGCAUUCUUGCACCUGUCCUGAUGUGUACAAGAUAAUAAUCUUAGGUAACAAGUCUGUGUACAAUGCUGUGCACAGUCAAGUGACUACAACACUUUAGUUCCAUUUUCAACCACUAAUAGUCCACCAAUUCUCUGGGAUUGUCGUUAACUCACCAGGAACUGAAGGUUAAACUCCAGCAUGCUACAUGGGGCAAAUUUUGCUGGCAGAAAAAGGUUGUGUUCAUACCCCUGUUUUCUUUGAAAACUUCUGAUAAUUUUUUGAUAAAAAUCGUAGGUGUAAAAAUGGUAGAUUGACUGACUGGCAGUCAAGAGCUAUCCAAUCAGGGUUCAAAGAGACUACUUGUUUUCUGAUUUGCUGUGUGAUGAUACCAUAAUGAUGGUUUGGUUGGGUCAGGGUGAGUGUUUGACAGUUGGUGGUCAUAUGAUAUCUCUAAAAAUAUGUUCCAAAGAGAGUUGGCAGCCCUUCCAUCUAUGCCAAAGUAAUGGGGCAAUGGACAGACUUAGCUCACCAUCAACUGCCAUCAUAACCCACUUCCUGUUAGUGUAGACAACAGACUAAAUUUGAAGACAUCUUUUUGUUAGUUUCUGCAUAAAAUUGUUCCAGUCUGCAUAUCGGAAUAACAUGGGCAUUGGAAGAAUGUCAGAGCUUUUAUGAAAAAUGGUGCUCACGGAAUGUGAUUAUUUAGUUUACACAUUUUCAGUUUGUUACACUGGCUUUGGUAAAGACAACAAUGGUACUAUUGUACAGUUUACCAUACUGUUAUUACUAACCAUAGAUGACCACUGUAUAACCGUAACCUAUUUACACAAUUCACUGUAUUAAAUGAAAUGUAGAUAUACAUUUGACCUUCAAUUAUGUCAAGCUUUAUGCAAUCACAGCUUGUUUAUAUAUAAACCUGAUGGCAGUAAGCCCAAGAGGAAGACUUGUAGGUUCAUGCUGAAUAGUGGAAACUGAAGCUACAUUCUUUUUUAAAUAUAACCUGUGUUCAGCAAUACAUUCAAACAGGAACCAUUGACAUUAUUUACUCUUCUAUCUUGCAAUUUGGAAUGCAAGAGCUGUGUUGGCUACACUUUGAGCAAGUUAACAGUUGGUAUUAUGAUUGAAAAUAAUCAUCACCAACCAAAUUCUGGAAGUGAAUUUUGAGUUCACCUUUUCCAAGUUUAACGGAUGAUUUGAUUAAAGUUUUCAACAUAUUGAGGAGAACCAUAGGAUAGAUAAAGAUGAACUAUUUCUACUAGUUGCCGAGUCGAGAACGAAGGCUAUAGUCUAAAAACUUUCAAGAACUUUCAGAAACAAAAAUGGGAAAUACUUGUUCACACAAGGUCAUAGAAGUUUAGAACUCUCUUCCACAAAAGCCUGUUGAUGCUAGCUUAAUUGUUAAGCUUAAUCCUGAGGUGAAUAAUAUUUUGUUGGCCAAACAUAUGGGGAAAAGGCAGUAUGUGGAACUAGGUUGCAGAUCAGCCAUGAUCUCAUUGAAUGGUAGAACAGGCUCAGGAGGAUAAAUGGCUCCUCUUGUUUUGUCUAAAGGUAAUCAACAGAUUAGAUAGUGCUGCAGACAGAGAAACACAGUUGACAUGUUUUAGGUCAAUUAUCUUUCAUCAACAGUAUUUUGCUUUGUUUAAUUGGAAAUAUGGCUUAUUUGGUGUAAACGUGUGGUUAGGGGUAUAUUGGUUGAGAUUGAUGUCCAACUUUAACCCCUUUAUAAGCCUUUACUUUGUGCAAUAGUGUGAAUCAGAUGGGAGGGAAUUGACAGCCAAUUUUGGAUCUGUGUGUUUCAGUUCCAUCAGAGUUGACUUGUUUUAAAAAUUGCAUUUGUUACUUUACAAACUAAGCUUUCUAUUGAAUGUAUCCUGUACUUCACUGAUUCCGAUACAACACUGCAUUUGGGUGGGUAGUCCACUUAGUUCAGAUAAUGAUCAGCAUGUUCUCCAAGUGGUAGGAGGUCAUUAGAUCACAUAAUGGUGAUCCUGAAACACUGUAGUGGAUGUCAGUGUUUGAGAAAGCAAGAUAUUACAAUUGCGCUGGUAAAUCUUGAAUCCCUCAUCAGGUGAAAUUUUCACACUGCAAUUGCUGGAUUUCUUUCGGCCAUGGCAAGGAAUGAUUUUAAGUAGCGAUUUAUGAAUCGAAGGUCAAAACAUGCAUUUAAGUUCAGUACUGUUACUUGAUUUCAGUGAUUUCUGUUUUAAGAGGAAACCUGUUCCUGAUUUUCAGAGAUAGCAGUUUGCUGCUUUGUUCAAGUUUCUAUCUAAUCACUACAAUGCUAUUUUUAUAUAUUGGAGUUGGUGAAUGCAGCUCCAGAUGUUAAUCUUCCUGUUUUUUAAUCUCAGGAAUUUUCUACCUAAACCUCUAGCAUAGUUGAAGCAUAACUUGUAUUUUUGCAUGUUAAACAAUGAUCCAUUUGUGUUGACUUUACAUAGUCUCUGCAGAGACACAUUGUAAGCUUUUGAACAUCUGUAAAUUAGUAGCACUAUACUCUGAUGUAAAAUACUUUUGUAAAUUUUUAAUUGAUAUCUUUUUAAUAAAUUGAUAUCUUCAAAAUUUA